ACACCAAUUUUUCUAUUGUCCCUGUAUCCGAGUCUGAUAACUCUCAACAAAUAUCCAACAGUGGGAUUGAUGUUGCAGGUAAUAUUAAGAAGAUAAAACAAGAAGUUGUUGGGGAGGAAACAGGAACAGCUAUUCAGACUCAAGGAUUACAACAGCUUGCUUCUGUGGCAGAACAGACACUUGUGGACAAAACCAAAACGGUAGAAAAAGCAAAGUCGCAGGCGGAAAAUGAAAAUGAACUAAGUGAAUCUGAUGCCGGACGUACUGGUAGUGCAGAACAAACUUUAAACCAUGUGAUUGUUGUUGCGAAUGAAAUUGAGCAAACAAAACAAGUUGUGGUCCAUGAAAUGGCUGUUACAGAGACACUGUCAGAAAGCGUGCAAAAGUGCCCCGCUUCACCUGAGAAGACGAUUGCUGAUGAUCAAAGUAGUAUUGGGAACGGUGAUAAAGGUGGUAAAACAGGCAGCAUGGAUGUUGAUAGUACAGUACAUGUACCUAAUAAAGGUUUAAUACCAAGUAACCCUGAUUCCCCCCGUCAUGAUGCAGAUGUUAGCGAUGUGCCUCAAUUUGAGAGCUCUGCACAAAUAUCCAACAGUGUAAAUGAUGUGGCAAGUAAUAUUGCGGAGGUAAAACAACAAGUUGUUGUGGGAGAAACAGAAACGGCUGUUGCGGAGACAAUUGGUCAAGCACACCAACAGCUCACUGCUGUGUCAAAGAAGACGUCUGUGAACGAAAACAAAACGGCUGAAGAAGCAACGUGGCAGGCAGGAAAUGGAAAUGGAGUGAUUGUAUCUGACACUGGACAUACUAUUUCUGGUAGUCCUGAACAAAUUUCAGACGAUCUGAUUUUUGUCGCGAAUGAAUUUGGGGAAAUAAAACAAGUUCUCGUGCAAGAAACGGCUACUACAGAGAUACUGACAGAAAACGCACAACAGCCAUCUACUUCACAAGAAGAGAUGAUUGUUGACGAUCAGAAUAGUUUGGGCGACAGUAAUGAAGGCGGUGAAACACGCAGCACGGAUGUUGAUAGCACAGUACAGGUACCCAAUAAAGGUUUAAUACCAAUUAGUACCUUGGAUUUUCCUCGUCAUGACGAGAAUGCCGGUGGAAGAAAUUCUGACGAACUUAGUGACAUAAAUCAGGGCAAUGAUGAUUGUGCUGGCAAAUUUACAAAUAAUUCUGACCCUGGUAUUGAAGAAGGUAAAAAUGAUCUAACAGAAAUACAUUUCUUGAAAGAGUUAAAUGAAUAUUUGGAAAAAUUUGAUGAAUUCUUCGAUGACUUGCAAACGGGUAGGACCGGAAACGUUAGCAAUGAACAACAUACAAAGGAAUUUGUACAGCGAUCAGGGGAGACGAAAAAGGGCGUGAAGACGGAGAGCGAGAAAAGAGGCGGCAAUGCUGAACUAAAGAUAGAAAAUGAAGUAUUGAGCAACAAUCCUGACAUUUUUUAUGCAAGUGGCAAAAGAAGUGAAGCUGGUGAAAAUGUUGGAGAUGGCUUAAGGUCGAAAACGUCAGAAAAUGACGAAAGAGAUGCAAUGCAAGGGGACCCAAAUAGAAAUUCAAGUAAAAAGGUCGAUGAGGCAAGUAAAAAAGCCGAUGAGGAUAGAUCCCAGAGAAUCAAUAUAUUAAACAAGCAAGGUGAAAGUAACAAAGGUCACCAAUCUGGCCAUGGAAGAACCACUAGAUCAACUGCUGAUAGCAAAGACAAAACUUCAAAAGAAGGAAGAAGUAAUCAG